AUGAAGUACCUGGGGUACGUGCUUAAUCAGAGUGGAUGGAACGUCGACCAGGAGAAGAUUGAGUGCAUAGUUCGGUUUCCAGUUCCACAGUGCAGGAAGGAGGUGCAACGGUUUCUGGGCAUGUCGAACUGGUAUCGCAGGUUCAUAGCGAGCUUCUCGAGAGUCGCAGUUCCUCUCACGGAGCUAACAAAGACAAAAGCGAAGUUUCGCUGGACAAGCGAAGCGGACGAAGCAUUUCUGAAGCUCAAAUCAGUUCUCGUAUCGGCACCAGUUCUAGCGAUGCCCGAUCACUGCAAGCCAUUCGCCAUCGCCUGA